CUGUUCCUCAGCCUGCUAGCAUUCAGGGAGAAAGAGAGUGAACUGAGAGACACCCUGUGUUUGAUAAAGAAAAGGAAAAAGGGAGCUAGAGGUAAAAGAAAGAGAGACAGAGCAAGCGAGAGAGAGAGAGAGAGAGAGAGAGAGAGGGAGCGGAAGAAAAAAAGAAACAGCAAGACACUCUGAGAGCAUCGUAGCCAGCAGGACCCGUGAAAGUAGGUAACCCUGUGCGGGCAUUUCCAUCUCAGCCCCUCCGCUCUGCUCCACUCCCCACACACUUGCCCUGCUGCAGGACACAGCAAGCUGUGGUGCGCCGGCCACUCAUCUGAGGAAGCAGCGACAGAGAGAGAGAGAGAGACAGAGACAGAGAGAGCAGCAGUGCCGAGCCGUUGAAAUGGGCGCCCCCCUGCCUGGAUGUGUGGCCCUGAGGCUGGUGGCCCUGCUCCUGACCCUGACCCUGAGGGACCUGGCCGAGGGAUGCAGCUGCAACCCGGCUCACCCCCAGCAGCACUUCUGCAGCGCCGAGAUAGUGAUCCGAGCAAAGAUAUCCGGGGAGAAGAUUGUGUCUCCUAGCAACAGCUCCUCUCCCUAUCUCAAGAUGAUUCAAUACGAGAUCAAGAUGAUCAAGAUGUUUAAGGGUUUCCACAAGGCCAAAGACAUCCAGUACAUGUACACUCCCGUCUUCUCCUCCCUGUGUGGCGUCAAGCUGGAUUCCAACAAUAAAGUUCAGUACCUGCUGUCAGGAAGCAUGUGGAGCGAUGGGAGGAUUUCGAUUGGCCUAUGCGACCUGGUGGAGCCCUGGGACAACCUCUCCAUGUCACAGAAGAAGAACCUCAACUACAGAUACCAGACGGGCUGUGAAUGCAGAAUCAACACCUGCUACACGGUGCCCUGCUCCACCACGGGGGACAACGAGUGUCUGUGGACCGACUGGCUGCUGGACAACAGUCUGAACGGGGAGCAGGCCCGCCAGUACGCCUGCAUCAAGCGGAGCGACGGCUCCUGCAGCUGGUACCGGGGCGGCUCGCCUCCUGAGAAGGACUUCAUGGACAUGUCUGAUCCCUGAGGGGGCGGGUCCGGAAGUGAUGCCCCGCCCUCCCCUCCCGCCCCCCCCCCUCCCCUCCCCUCCCCUCCCCUCCUGCC